CUUUCUUACUUUGUCCUGUACAGGAUCCCUUCUGCCCUCUCUCUUUCCCUCCCACUUUCUCUCCCUCCCUCCCUCCUUCUUUCUCCCUUUUCCUUCCUCUCCCUCUCCCUCUCUCCCUCUCCUUUUUCCUCUCUCUUUCCCUCCCACUUUCUCUCCCUCCCUCCCUCCUUCUCCCUUUUCCUUCCUCUCUCUCCCCCUCUCCUUUUUUCCUUCCCUUCCCUCCCUCCCUCUCUCUCUCCUUCCCUCCUCUAUCUCCCCCUCCAUUUCUCUCUCCCUCCCUUCCGCUCUCUCCCUGCCUCCCUCUCUCCCCCCUCCCUCUCUCCCUCCUUCUCUCUCUCUACCUUUCCCUCUCUCCCUCCCUCCCCCAUCUCUCUGCCUCUCUCUCUCCCUCCCUCCCUUCCUCUGUCUCUCCCUCUCUCUCCUUUCCUCCUUUCUCUCUCCCCCUCCAUUUCUCUCUCCCUCCCUUCCUCUCUCUCUGGCUCUCUGCCUCUCUAUCUCCCCUCCCCUUCCUCCCUCUCUGUUUCCCUCCUUCUCUCUCUCUCCCUCCCUCCCCCUCUGUCUCUCUGCCUCUCUCUCUCCCUCCCUCCUUCUCCCCCUUCCUCCUUCCCUCCCUCCCUCUCUCUCCUUCCUUCCCUCCUUCUCUCACUCCCCUUCCAUUUCUCUCUCCCUCCCUCUAUCUCUGUUUCUCUGCCUCUCUCCCUCCCUCCUUCUUCCUCUCCCUCCCUCCUUCCCUUCCUCCCUCUCUCCCUCUCUUUCUCUUUGUCUAUUUCUCUUUGUUUCUCCUUCUCACUGUCUGCCUCUUUCUCUCUUGUGCUCCAUCUCUGUCUCCGUCUUUAUCAGUCUUUGUCUCUCUGGCUCUUCCUGCACUGGAUCUCUCUGAUCCCUUGCCUUUUCUCUUCUCUCUUUUAUUUCCCCUUGUUCUCUAGGAUCAGAGAGCCUGGGACAGGGUUUGGACUUGUGAUUUCAUUGGUUUAGAGGACUCCUGGAUGAGGAAAUUCCCUUUGCCAAUGCAAGUUGGCACUUUCCCUGCAAUUUACAGUCUUGGAGACUUGCCUGGAAGCGGUGACAGGUUAAGUGAUUUGCCCAGGGUCCCGUGGUCAGUGGGGGUUUUGUAGGUAAUUCUCUAUGAUGGACGGUUCUCAGAAAAAAGGUCCCGAGGAACAUCUCCACAUGGUCACCCCUCUCCUGGAAAGCUGGACGCUCUCCCAGGUUGCAGGCACCACUGUCUAUCUAAAGCUGGAGAAUAUCCAGCCUACUGGCUCCUUCAAGAUCAGGGGCAUAGGACACUUCUGCCAGGAGGUGGCCAAGAAGGGUUGCAAACACUUGGUGUGCUCCUCAGGGGGGAAUGCAGGUGUGGCUGCUGCUUAUGCUGCCAGAAAGCUGGGCAUUCCAGCCACCAUUGUGCUGCCCAAAGGUGCCAACCCAAAUCUGCUUCGGAGACUGGAGAGGGAGAGAGCUGAGGUGCAGAUGGUAGGGAAGGUAUGGGACGAUGCCAAUUUGAAGGCCCAGGAAUUGGUCAAAACAUAUGGUUGGGUGGAAGUUCACCCCUUUGACCACCCAUUGAUCUGGGAAGGCCAUGGCAGCAUGAUUCAUGAACUGAAGGAUACUCUGGGUACCCAGCCUGGUGCCAUCAUCCUCUCUGUAGGGGGUGGAGGCCUCCUAGCAGGUGUUGUGGCAGGAAUGAAGGAGGUGGGCUGGCAAGAUGUCCCCAUCAUCGCCAUGGAGACCCGGGGUGCUGACUGCUUUAACCAAGCUAUUCGAGCUGGGAAACUUGUCACUUUGCCUGACAUUACCAGCCUGGCAAAGUGUCUGGGUGCCAAGACAGCGGCUGCUCGGGCACUGGAGUGUAUACAUGAGUGCCAGAUCAUCUCAGUGGUGGUGGAUGACGAGGAUGCCAUACAAGCCAUCGAACGCUUCCUUGAUGAUGAACGGAUGUUGGUGGAACCAGCCUGUGGGGCUGCUUUAGCGGCUCUCUAUUCAGGCUGCGUGGGCCAGCUGCAGGCGGAGGGCCGCCUCAGCUCCUCUCUGGGCUCCAUCGUGGUUAUUGUAUGUGGUGGAAACAGCAUCCAUCGCGCCGAGCUGAGGGCCCUCCGAGCCCAGCUGGAUGGGAACCGAGUGGCCUUGCCCUAGGAGGCUCCAGUGGGGUUGCUGAGGUUUAAACUCUCCAUUGUAAUCCUUGGCUCUAAAUGAUGCUCUCAACAAGGACCCCUGGAGAAAAUCAGCCAUUCAGAGUGCCUUCCUCCUCCUGGAAGCCUUCCCUGAUUGUGCCAAUCUCUAAUGAUUUCUCUCUUGUCUAACCAUUUUCUUCUUUGUCUCUCCAACUAGACUGUAAUCGGAGAUGUGCCUUGUGUUUUGGCAUCAACCCUCUUAGCCCAGUCUCCCAGCGGUAACACAGGGCUGGGGCCAUGGCAAAUACUCAAUAAAAAUUUUGUAGUUUGAA